AUCUCUUAUAUUCACUGUUAAAUAACUGCCCUUGACGACACGGUCAGAAUGGAGGUGACAGAAAUCUCAGGUGGUAAUUCUGAUGGUGAAUUUAACACACUGAUUUGUGAACAGGGCAUGAACAACGAGGAGCAUCCACCUCACCCCUUUUCUGAACAAGAGAGGCUACAAGUGCUCACACCCAAACCGACUCAUUCAAGAUGUGUCAGACUGACUGCAGGGGUCCUGGGGCUUCUCGCUGUUGUUCUGUUCAUUGCUGACGUCAGUCUGGGGGUCCACUAUAAUAAACUCACAGAUGCCCACCUCACCCUCGAUGAUACAGAAAGCAUCGGCACAGAGCUGACUAAACUUCAAGAUAUGUACAAGACUGUGUUCAAAGUCAUGACAGAUGCUCAGAGGCAGGUGGACGCUGAGAGGAAACGUCAAACGCAAACAGACUGGGAGCUGGAGCAUGAGAAAAAAAGAACCACAGAGUGUGAAAGGAAAACUCAAGAGAUGCCACAGGAAAUCACAUCACUGAAAGACCAUUUAUUGUUUCUGAGUGAUGGGUGCAAACACUGUCCAGAGGGCUGGGUUUUUAUGAAUUCGAUGUGUUACUACUUCAGUUCAUUUAAAUUCAGUCCACGUCAGCAGGGAUUAACAUGGUCUAAAGCCAGAGGAUACUGUCAGCAACACAGAGGUGACCUGGUCAUCAUAGACAGCAGAGAAAAAGAGAAUUCAAUUGUUUCCCACCUGAGAGGAAAACUAGUGGGUGGAUUGAAAGAGCUUCUUAAUAAUCCCAGAUCCACUUUUUCGUUCUGGAUUGGACUGAGACGAACAGGGGCAAACAACGAUGGCACCUGGAAAUGGGUGAAUCAGACAGUACUGGAUGAAGGGUACUGGAGUAUGGGGGAGCCACGUGUUACUUUCUCAGAGCAAUGUGUCGUUCUUUAUCCCAACGAAAACUUCUUCCAAGCUUGGAUUGAUCGUAGAUGCAACGAUGAAUAUAAUUGGAUUUGUGAGAAAACCCCAAUUAUUAGCCGCUAGCGAUGGUGUUUCUGAACUGCAUUUAAUUUUUGAAUGAACUUUUCUCCAUUACAACUCUUCCUAAUUGUUUCAUUAUUGUACUUUUACUAACCCAAUCACACUUUAAACUGGACUAACUGUUGUUAAUCAAGAGGGAACCUCAAUAAAUGACCAAAAAAUUACUUGUGUACUCUGAGAUAUUUUUUUUUUUUAUUGCACUAUCAUUUAUUUAACCCGAAAUCAGAAGUGGCUGGUUCAAUGAGUCCAGAGCUGAACCCCACUGAUAAUAUUUAAGAUGUGAUAGAGAAGACCUAACACAGUGUUCUAACUCCUAUUACAACAAGAUCUUGGUAAAAAAUUCACAUGAAGAGAGUCAUCUUCAUGGCUCUAAGGCGUUAUCACAGUGGCCUUUGCUGCAUAUCAUCCCUGUUUUCCCUCUAACUUAUGCAUUAUCUCCGAUAAGAGCAUAAAAUACUUCUAUCUUAAAUAAAAAAAGAAAACUUGAUUCAAAUGUGGACAAAAAUAAAUGUUGUGACAUUGCAUCCGAGUUGUGGUAUAAAUGCCACCAAACAAAAUUUGGCAUGUGUGACUUUUUUUUUUUGGCUGAGCAAGGUAUACUAACAGUCAAUAGAAACUUUGAGGUAGAAAUGUCUGCAUAUUUCU